AUGAAUCAUCCCCUGCCCCCCAAACCUCCCGUUUCCAAGUAUUUUUUCCAUGCGUACAUUCCGCGCGUUCCUUGUGUCCGUGAUCUUGGAACCCUAGCGGGGAACUCCACGACUCGACGGAUUGACCGUGGUGAAUGUCUUCCCGUGAACAGCGGACCCAAAUUUUCUUCAGGCCAUCAACCGUCCCCAAUUGAGACGAACUGCACCCCUCUCGCCGCAGAGAUCCUGCCAUCCGGCGAAGCCGCCUCUGAAGUUCCAGAAGCAGGUCCAUCUUCCUCUAAAGACCCCACCGGUGCCAAUCAUGAUGACGGUCACGUGAUCCUGAUACCGGAUGAAGGCGAGAGAUGCGUGCCGGACGUAACGCGAUUGGAGAACUGUACUGUUUCAUAUCAGUCGGCUGAGCAACAGCUUCCGCGACCUGGCAUUCAGCAUUCUACCGAGAGCACCCGACUAGAUCCUGCUGGUCGAAAGAGGCUGACCAGCGCCGCUUUAGAAACCGAGAUUGAAACAAGCGGCCCCCAAACAAGGGCCAAGGUGAGAGCUAAAGCAAGAGCCGAAGCAUCCCAUUGCUUUCCUGUGUCUCGCAGGAUUCAGCCUUAUUCCACGGCCGAAGAUGACCUCUUCCGGAAGUUAGUGGUUAGGGGGCUCCCGUGGGAGCAGGUCCAGAUGGAAUUCAGUCAAGUCUUUACCGGAAGGAAUGUGAGGUCUCUGUAG